AUGGAGGAGGAGGAGGACAGUGGCCUCAAGGAAUCUAACCGAUGCGCGGAGGACGCAGCACGUUGCCAAAUUGACUACAUUGAAGUAGUUCAGCAAGGCGAUGCACAGCUCCUCAGGUCUCACACAACCCAGCUUGUCCACAAAGCACCACAUCUCCCCAUCACUCGCGUCCAGCGUGCUCCAGUGAUUGCACGUUGUCAGUCACGCGAAUUUCAAGUCGUCUUCGAGCCGACGAUCGAUGAGCCAGGCACAUCGCAGUUGUGA